AUGAAACAAGGUCUCGUGAAAGACGAGGACAGGAUCAGUCGCUCGCCUGAAGAAGUGAUUCUGCAUAUUCUGUCCUUCCUUCCAACCAAAGAUGCGGUAGCCACAAGUGCUUUUGCUAAGCAAUGGAGGUCUCGUUGGAAGAUGGUGCCUGUGCUCGACUUUGAUUACGAAAGUGAUGAUCAGAGUGGAGACGAGACAUUCCCAGAGAUGCUUAACUACUUUAACACUCUUAAGUUUUGCGUGAUCGAGAAUGCAACGGAGCUGGUGGAGGCCCAAAUUAGUGACGUCUCCAACACAGUUAACGAUAAUAUUCUGGGAUCUCUCACAUCAGCCAAACGUCUUUGCUUGGAUUUGUCACUCGAGAAAAUUACGUUUCCUAUGGGUUGUAUCUUCUAUCAGUUGGUAUAUUUGGAGCUAAAGUCACAUAAAGCCGCCGACUGGCGGAAUCUACUUGUGCUCAUGCUCGAUAGGUCUCCGGAAUUACAAGUCCUCAAGCUCAACGGUCUUUUGCGUAAUAGUAACAGAGGUCGUGUGGCUUGGAGCCAACCGAAGAAUGUUGCUGAAUGUUUGUUGUUCAGUCUCGAGACAUUUGUGUGGGAAAGCUACAAAGAGCGACCAGAGCCAGAAGAGGAGAAAGAGGUGGCGAAAUACAUCCUAACAAAUGCAAAAUGUUUGAAGAGAGCAACGGUUUACAUAGAAGGCCUUAGCUCGGACGACAGACUUGAUUUGCUUGAGGAGCUGGAAUCUGUGGUCAGGGCUUCGAAUUCUUCAUGCCAGAUUAGUAUGCUCGACUGA